UACCAGUAUUACUGCUCUGUUCAAUAGCACAUAGUUUUAUACAAGAAAUCUGUUUUUGUGUCAUUUUAAAUGUUAAAAGUACACAAUGAAUACUAAUUACUUGAUUCAGACCACUCUAAUCAGUAUCACAGUUUUUUCAAAUCUUUACUUAUGCUGUGAUGAAGUUAAAUCAACGAAUGAUGGUGCAAAAGUAAUUAUUAUUGGUGCAGGAGCAGCUGGUAUAGCUGCCGCAUCAAAAUUAUACGCUAAUGGAUUCAAAAAUGUAAUAAUAUUAGAAGCUCAAAAUCGAACCGGUGGACGCAUCCAUACGACACAAUUUGGCGAGUAUUUGGUAGAUCUUGGCGCUCAGUGGGUCGAUGGCGAAAAAAACAAUGUGGCAUUUGACUUGGCGAACAAUUAUGACCUGUUAAGUAAAACAGACGGCUCCGAAAUUCCCGUGACGCAGUUGUUCAUAGAUUCUCUCGGAAUUCCCUUGCAUACCGAGGUAGCCACAAAAUUAUCGAAUUUUUACUUCGAUAAUGUUUACUGUACUUUGAGGCCAAAAUUAAACGUGUCAGAUUACAAAAGCUACGGUGAUUAUGUGGAAAAAGUGUACGAUGAAAAAUUUGCCAACGAAUCGGACAUGAUCGUCAACAGGCAGAAAUAUUUACACCAUUUGGAGUCGUUUGUACUUGGCUCUAUCUCAGCAUAUUCUUGGUACAACGUUUCUCUCUUGAGUAUAGCGAAAUUCUCGCAAUGUGGAGUAGAUCCUUUGAUUAAUUGGAAGGAGCGUGGAUUUUCGACUAUACUAGAUAUUUUGAUGAAACGCUUCCCAGAUCCAAAAUGUGAGCUUCCCGUCAUAAACAAUACAAUUUUCGAUAGCGAAGUUACAUCGAUAGAUUAUUCGAGGUCUGAAAAAUCUUCGGUUUUAAUAAGUACUCAGGACGGUAAAACAUACGAAGCUGAUCACGUUAUAGUUACUGUCUCACUUGGAGUUUUGAAAGAAAAACACGAGACGUUAUUCACACCUGGUCUGCCAAAGGAUAAAGUCGAUGCUAUAGAGGGUUUGGAAUACGGAAACUUGGCGAAAAUAUUUUUACUGUAUGAAGAGCCUUUCUGGUCUUUUUGGAGAGACGAAAGUAUUUCACAUUUCACGUUCAUAUGGGACGACGAGGAUCGGAAAAAUAUCGAAUCUCAGCCGAAAAAAAGAUGGUUGCUGGGAGUGACCGGAGCUAUGACUGUCGCGUACAGGCCCAAUUUACUCGAAUUAUGGGUGGCAGGUAUCAACGUCGAGGAAAUGGAAAAACUGUCGAACGAAGAGAUUCACAAUCAGACGGUAGAGGUCCUUCAUCGAUUUUUAGACAAGAAACUUGACGUCACCGAGCCAAUCGCAAUGUUACGGACUACCUGGUUUAGUAAUCCGUAUUUCAGAGGUGUUUACAGCUAUCGCAGUCCCGAAACCGACAGAAGAAAUGUCAGCGCCGAAAUGUUGGAGGGCCCAAUCAAUGGGGAUAAGCUCAAUGUUUUAAUUGCUGGCGAAGCCACGUCGAAAACGAGAUUCGCCACCGUCGACGGGGCAAUCGCAUCGGGUUGGAAAGCCGCCGAUCGUUUGAUCGAAUUUUACGGCGUGAAAGCUAAAAUCGUGAUCGUCGGUGCGGGCCCGUCAGGUAUAGCCGCGGCAUCGAAAUUGUUCCAAAACGGGUUCGACGAUGUAACCAUACUGGAAGCUGAAAAUCGCAUCGGUGGUCGAGUUUAUACAGAUCAAUUAGGUGAUUACAGCAUCGAUUUCGGAGGGCAAUGGGUCCACGGGGAGGAUGGAAAUGUGGCCUUCGAAUUGGCGAACCCCCAUGGCUUGAUCGACAAGUCCAACGAACCAUGGACCGAAUUUGUUGAUAAAUAUUACGAUUCUUCUGGCAAUAGACUGGACAGUCAUGUUGAAAAGAGCAUUUCGAAUUUUUUUUCCGAUCACGUGCAAAAUUCGGAAGACAAACGAUUCAAAUCCAUUGGAGAAUAUGCUACGAAAAUGUUUGAUCAGCAAUUUGGAAACGAGUCUGAUAUUUUUAAAUUCAGGGAUCAGUAUUUAUAUCAUUUGGAACGUCAUGCAACUACUAUGAAAUCUGCAGAAACGUGGUUUGACAUUUCAACUGCAGAUGAUGGCUUUCGUAAUUUUCCAGGAGAUCAAAUGAUUAAUUGGAAAAAUCGAGGCUUUUCUACGAUAUUAGAGUUAUUGACCAAAAGAUAUCCGGACCCUUCGAAGGAAUUGCCUAUAAUAAAAAAUACAAUUCUGGGCGACGCAGUAACUCGUAUAGAUUAUUCAGCAAAGGAUACGAAAAGUCCUGUUACGGUAUCUACCGAAAAAGGAAAAAAGUACGAAGCUCAUCACGUGAUCGUUACGGUUUCUCUUGGCGUUUUGAAGGAGCAGCAUUCGGCCUUAUUCAACCCUCCGCUACCUACUUACAAAAUUCAAACGAUAGAGGGAUUGGGAUAUGGCCACAUAGCAAAGAUAUACUUAUACUUCGAAGAGCCAUUUUGGGAGAUGGAUAAUUCGAAAAUUUCAAAUUUCAUUUUGAUCUGGAACGAAGCUGAAAAACGUCUUUAUGAAAGCAAUAUAGAAAAGAAGUGGGUCAUUGGCAUCAACCACAUCGUCACUGUGAAGCAUAAACCGAAACUACUGCAAUUUUGGGUAUCAGGAGAGUACGCCAAAAUUAUGGAAAAUCUAUCGGACGACGUCAUUCUCGAUCAUUUGAUCGAAGUACUGCAUCGAUUUUUCCACAAAACUUACAAAGUAACGAGACCUUCAUUGAUCGCCAGAUCGAAGUGGUAUUCGAAUCCUCAUUUCAGAGGGACUUAUUCGUACUGGAGCACCGAUGGCGAAAGUAGACAGAUUAAUCGCGAGAUGCUAGAAACUCCACUGACAAUGGAUAAUCCAGUCGUUCUAUUUGCCGGCGAAGCCACGUCGAAGACUAGAUUUUCCACCGUCGACGGUGCCAUCGUUUCUGGAUUCAAUGCUGCCGAUAAACUCAUAAAGCACUACGCAAAAAAUCAAUGAAAUUAUCUUUCGACAUUCCUGUAAUUUUGUGAAAAUUCAUUUGUGCUUAAAAAUUUGACGUCGUCGACGAUUAAAAAGUACCCAAGCUUUAAUUGUA